AUGACCUUUUUAAAGUUAUGGCUAUUUACACUCAUAAUCUCGAACUUCGUUGCUGCUGACGUUUCGACCUACUCUAUCACAUCCAAAUUUACGUCUACUUAUUGUAGAAAUUGUGUGACAGUUACCUCGACCAUCUCAACACCUGCAACUUCAUCUGAAGCUACAAAUACGCCACAGUCUGUUCCUGAAUCUUCAUGUAUUGCAACUGUGACAUCUUAUGUUACAGUCCAUGAUACUGACACCGUAAGUAUCGGUUUUACCGAAACUACUACUGUAACCGAAACUGCUACAAUUACUAUACCUGCAACUACUACUGUUACUGAGACAGACUCAACAACAACUUUAGUAACCCAAACUGAAACUAAUAGGGAGCAACUAACCGUUACUAACCACGUUACGGAGAGUGACUUGAUAACUAAUACAGUCGAUGUGACAAAAACGAUAAUAACUACAAUCGUAGAAUCUGACCAACAAGAUACAACCUUGACAUCUUACGUUACAAUUACUAAUGUUCAAAGCAUUAAAUCUACCCAGGUAGAAACAUUGACCAAUGUAGUAACUUCUACGGAAAAAGAUAUGUCCGUUGUUGAAACCACAAGUACUCUAUUUACCAUAAUACCAACUACUACAACAGCUACAGAAUUAACGACUCAAACUAACGAGGUAAUAACUACUAAUACUGAAGUAAUGACAUCAGACAUUUUUACAACAAUAACUAAGGAUGUUGUCAACACUUUAACUACCCAAACAACAAAUGUUGUUACGGUUGUUACAAAGGUUACUGACACUUUUGAAAUAACUUCAACUUCGACCUUUACAACAGUGGAAAAUAUCACUAACAUAUUCGUUACAACUAUGGAAACAACUACAACUGUAACGACGGAAUAUCAGACAACAAACGCCAUCACCCAAACAACUGACGUUACACAUUUGGAAACAUCUACAAUAUUUGUCUCCCGUAUUGUGGAAAGUACAAGUAUUGUUCCUACGUUUACAACUUCAACUGAAACACAGAUAAUAGUUAUUACAUCAGUAACAGAUAUUACCAGUUCAAUUUUACUGACAAACACAUAUACAACAAUUAUUCCUACAACUAGUACCUCAAUAUCCACUGUGACAUUUACAGAUAGAUCACUCGAGGUAAUAACGUCGACCAGGGUUAUCCCAGUAACAACGAAUAUUACGCAAACUUUAACAACCGAAUCAACUAUCUUUACCACCAUACCUGUAACUUCAGUUCUUACCUCAACAAAAGACCAAACAAAUAUCAUAGAGAGAGUUCAAAAUAUGACGAAUCAUAUUUCUACUACCGAUACUUUGACUUCCUACCAAACAUUAUUUGCAACUGAAACAAAAACUAUUGAAACUGUCAUACCUGUUACUUCAACAUCAACAACUGUUGUAACAAAUACUGAUACCUUACAGAGUACAGCUUUAACAACUAAGAUAAUCCCCGUAACUACAGAAAUCACGAGCACGUACAUCGAGGAAGUAACAUCAACUCAGAUUGUUCCAACUACUCUUUUUGUUACCCAUACUGACUUAACCACCGAACGUACUACAGAAACUUCAGUAUCUUUAAUUAAUGAGACCUCUCUAACAGUAUUGACUAAGACAGAAGACAUGACAUUAUUCACAACUCUUACAAAUACAAUAGAAACUAUGGUCCCUGCUACAUCAACGUUACUUCAAACGAUAGUGAUAACUGAUAAAUCUUUAGAAAUUUCGACAACAACUGUGGCGGUUCCAGUAACAACUGAAAUCACAAGUACGAUAUUUGAGGAAGUGACUUCUACCACAAUUACACCUUCCACAGUAAUAGUGACGAGUACAUUUUUGUCUACAGACAUACAGUCAAUAACUGAAACUAGUACUGCUUUGAUUAAUGAAACCAUCUUAACCACACAAACAUACGUUAAUAAUGUAACCAAUGUCAAAACUAGCACAGAGACAUAUACAACUAUUGUUCCAAUAACAACAUCAGUAAUUAAAACUAUUAGUAUUACUGACGAAUUACUCAAGGCGGAGACUUCUCUCACAAGGAUUCCUGUUACAACAGAAAUUGUAAGUACCGUUAUUAAUGAAAUUGAAUCGACGUUGAUUAUUCCGACUACUGUGGUUCUCACAAAUACUAUAACCGCUACUGAUCACACAACCGACAUUAUCGUAUCAAGGGUCCACGAAACCGUAUCUACAACAAUAACUAAUGUUGAAAAUGUGACAAAUUUUAUCACUCAAACUAGUACCUUAGAAACAAUUAUCCCAGUCACUACAACUAGCUCCAAAUUAGUAACCAUAACUGACAAAUCUCUCAUGGUUCAAACAUCGACACUAAUCAUACCUGCAACAUAUAUGUCUACAAGCACAUAUGUGACCGAACAAACUUCGAUACAAAUUAUCCCAUCUACCCAAUUAAUGACAUCGGUAACUGUUGAAACAUCCCAUGUCACUAAUACUAAUUUAGUUAAUUCUACAUCAAUCACGACUUUAACGGAUAAAAGCAUGGUUAUAUCUACCUUUGUUAAAACGUCCGAAACUUUAGUGACAGAGACCUCAUAUGUUACCUCUAUGGUUGUUGUUAACAAAGAAAUUGAAAGUAUUAUCCCAAUCAACUCAACCUCAACGAUCUUAACAACAAUUAUCGAUGAGCAGAAGAAAACGGAAACAGUUUUAAAUAGUAUCUCUAUUGUGACAGCAACUACUGUUACAACCGUGGUCCCAAUAACUUCAACAACAAUUAUACCACAAUAUAGUCUGGCCACAAAAUUAAUCAAUGUGACAAGUGUCCAAAACAGAACUUCGGUGGCUAUUAUAACAGAGACUUACGAGCAAUAUAUCCCGAUUACGUUUAAUAUUACAUCUGUUGUUUCAAAGACCGAUGAAUUUUCCAAUAUCAUUACCGCCACAGUAACUGCUCCGUUGAUUACUAGUAAAACGGUGACUCAAACUAAAUUGGCGAAUUCUACAGUAAUUGUACCUGUGACAUAUCCAACAAUAUUAACCAUAAAUUCUUCUGAGAGCCCUUCAUUGUCAUUAGAAGUGACUUCCUCUCAACAAUUGUUUAAAGAAAGUUCAACCUCAACAACUUUAUAUGUUAGUACCGAUAAAACUAUUAACACUGACACCUCUGGUAAUAGUCCAUCGACAAGAACAAGUUCUGCAAAUAUAUUGGUAACUACAGAAACCAAAUCAGUAGUAAGCCAAAGUAACAAUCCACAACUAUUGUCAUCAAAUACAAAUAUUAUGAGUUCCAUACCUGGGGCUACUACAACCAGUGAACCAAAUAGCAGUAAACUAGUUACCAACUCUGUCGCUAAAGAAACAAAUGUCAGUUUGGGUACAACGACUGUAAUUAUCGACCAACCAAUAGUCUCAACAAGUUCAUCAUUUACUGGCAUUAACCAACUUACCCAAACGACUACUGUACAAGUAGAAGUUCCAAAUAGCUCUGAAAAUACAUCACCUUCAUACAAUAAUCAAUACCCAUAUACUACUACAGGAACUUUAUCUAAAACAUCAAUAAUUCCUUCAUCUGCAACAUCUUCUCAAAGUAUUAUAGUACAAACAGGUGCAUCUAAUAAAUUUAAUAUUCCUAGUUUAAAGAUAGUCUUCUCUUUGUUAUCUUUGAUACUCAUUUUGUAA